AUAUAUAUUUUUUUUUUACCAAAAUUUAACCGUUAACCAUUGAAGCGCUGAUGGCAGCGGCGUUACAGCAGUUAAAGCCAAAUGAGCAACAGUGCGUUAUGCCAACUGAGGAUAAUGAGCCAAGCACAAGUCGCACAGCUCAAGCAGCAGCCGCAGCAGCAGCUGCCAGUGCUUCACCCAUGCUGCGCAUACAGCGUGAACUGCACGAGAUUGGGCAACAUCCGCCGCCAAAUUGCAGCGCCGAACUGCAUAAAGAGGAUCUCUAUCAUUGGCGUGCCACAUUGACUGGACCCAGCGGCAGUGUCUACGAGGGCGGCAGCUUUCGCCUGGACAUACGUUUUCCGCCCGCCUAUCCCUUUCGGCCGCCUCAGGUGCGCUUCAUGACGCGCAUCUAUCAUUGCAAUGUCGAUAGCCGCGGCGUCAUUUGUCUGGAUGUGCUCAAUGAGCGCUGGUCGCCGGUUCUAAACAUUGCCAAGGUGUUGCUUUCGAUUUGGGUGCUAAUGAGCGAAUGCAAUCCCAAUGAUCCACUGGUCAUGGGCAUUGCCGAGCAGUAUAAAACGAAUCGCAAGGAGCACGACAAGAUUGCGCGCUACUGGACCAAACGCUUUGCCAUGGCCAAAACGACGCAGUCUACAGCAAAUUCCAAUACAAAACUUGAAAACUGCAGCAGCAGCAGCAAAAGCAAUAGCAACUAGCCACGGCCCAACGAUUUAUGCGACAAUAAACAGCAAAGCCAACUACAAGUA